AGGUCUCCGCAGGAAGCGGAGGUUUUGAAGAUGGCGGCGGUUCCCGCAGCUGUUUCGGACAGCUCGGUGUUUUUCGCGCCGUCUCGUGUUUUUGGCGCCGGGAGUCCCGGACAGAGAGCUCCGGUGGUGAUGUCAUGAGCACCCAGUUACUGCGCACAGUGACCGGAUGCCUCGCGUGAACCGGACGGCCGUUUUAUCGCUGCUGAUCGUCAGCAGCUCCGUCUUCCUGUUGUUCCAGCUCUACUACUACCGGAAAUACGUCAGCAAGCCUGGCCCACAAAUCCUGAGUCGAACAGGUCACCUGACCACCAGUGACCUGCAAUGGCAGACGGUGAAGCAGUUUCUGAUGUUAGCUCGUCGCUUCAGGCUGCCACUGUUCCUCACCGACACCGCCGCUCUGACGCUGCUCUCCCACGAUGCAUUGAGGCAGCGCGACCGGCUGCUGCACGAGCCGCACUGCAGCUUCCUGUGCACCGGCCGGCCAAUCACGUCCUUCGCUCUGCAAGCUAGUCUGUGGAAGUAUGAGCCUGGCUUCCUGUCCGCCGCUGAGCAGAAAGGCUUCGAGCUGCUGGAGCUGCGAGGAGACGACCCGCGAUUGGCCAGCCUGGACGCCCUAUCAGGACAGGACGUCCCCCUGUACUUCCUGCUACGCCUCCAGGGACACAUCAUCCAGGUGGUGUUCCUGUACGAGCGCAGUGGGAACUAUUUGUGGCACGGACCAUUGCGUCUCAGAUCUGACAUGGACCGAAGCUUCGCACCGUUCAAAAUGUUCGACUUUGGACGCCACGCUGGAGCGUACAACAGGCCGGAGCUCAUCCUCACCGUCCUCGAUGGCCUCGACGUUCGAAUCCCGCGAAAUGUUUCCCGCUUCCUGUCCGAGCAGAGACACGCUCACUUCCUUGAGUGCCGUUACCGUGACGCCCGCAACUUCCUGCAGCUCUAUCCUGACGACACGUCUCCGGAGGCCGUCGAUUUUCGAAGGAAAGUGAAGUCACUGCUUCAUUUAGCCGCUCGAACGCUCGCUGACCUCGACGUCCCAUUCUGGCUCAGCAGCGGCACCUGCCUGGGCUGGUUCCGGCAGUGCAGCGUGAUCUCGUACAGUCGUGAUGUCGAUAUCGGGAUUUUCAUCACAGACUUCAAGCCGGAGCUUGUCGCUGCCUUCAGAGACGCCGGAAUGACACUCAAACACAAGUUUGGAAAGGUGGAGGACAGCCUGGAACUUUCCUUCCUGAAAGACGACGUCAAACUGGACAUUUUCUUUUUCUACGAGGACGGAGACAUUGUGUGGAACGGAGGGACGCAGGCCAAGAGUGGCAGGAAAUUCAAGUACGUGUUCCCGCGGUUCUCGCUCUGCUGGGCGGAGCUCCUGGAGCUAAAGGUUCGUGUUCCAUGUGAAACGCUCGACUACGUGACGGCGAACUAUGGCGCCACCUGGAGCGUCCCCGUGAGGACAUGGGACUGGAAGUCAUCACCUAGCAACGUGCAAGAAAACGGGGUGUGGCCUCAGGGGGAGUGGGCGGAGCUUAUCCAAGUUUACUGACAGGAACAAAACACAUGAAUCGACCUGGAAACUUUGAAUAAAAACUAUGUGACAAAAAACAAA